AUGAAGUCAUUUGCGACCCUACUGGCCUUGGGCCUCGUCUGCGGCGCGACCGCGGCCAACCUUACAUGCGUCAAGACCCCCGCCGAGUUCGUCGCAAAUCUCGAGACGAUCGGUUAUCAAAAGCUGGACCGACCGAAUGUUGCCUUUACUGGGAAAGCUUCUGCCCCUCCCGACGAAGCUUCGGUUGCGUACGACCUGAAGUACCUUCUCUCUGUGGAUCAGCGGCUGCAGCGCAUGGAGACCACGGGGACCUUCUGGGGCACAUGGACCGACUACCGGCUCGCGUUCGACGAGGACUGCGCCGGCGUUGAUCAUUUUCACCUGCCGGACACGGUCGUGCAGGAGAAGCUCUGGCUCCCGCGGGCCUACAUCGCGAACGAAGUUUUGACGGACAUCCCGCGCGGGGCCGACACAUUCUCCAUUCGAAGCGACGGCCAUGUGAUCUACACGACGCUGCGCCGCGUCACGUCAAAGUGCGCGAUGGAUUUCAAGAAGAUGCCGUACGACAAGCAGAAGUGCGACAUUGUGAUUGAAUUGCGGAAUGAUGAAUCGGAAGUGCGCCUCGUGCCGAUGCCGGCCGACGUGCAGUCACAGUACAAUUUACCGGCGGGAAACCCGGAGUGGGACCUCAAAAGUAUCUCGCGGAGCUACGCCGUCGACGGCAGUAAGGAUACGAUCAUGGUGAAGCUGAACCGCAAGUCAAAGUACUGGCGGCUCUACAUCGUCAUCCCAUCGAUCCUGUUCGUGCUGAUCGCUUAUUCGUCGUUCUACAUCUCGCGUGCGGCGGCCCCGGCACGCGUCGGCGGCACCGUGGUCUGCUUCCUCGUGAUCAUCAAUUUCAAUAAUAGCGUGUUAGCCGUGCUUCCGAAGGUAGACUAUAGAGUGAGGUUGUUAACGUUCCUCUACCUGUCGAUGUGGUUCUGCGCAUUUGCUGUGUUCGAAUACGCGCUCGUCAACAUGCUCUUCCGCAUCGAGGCGCGCGUCGAGAAGGCUAGAGACAAGGCCGAGGCCGAGUGCGGCAUCGAGCAGUGCAUAAAUCAAAGAGAGAGAGAGAGAGAGAGUACUGCAUAUAUCAAAUGUUCGCGGCUUCACCGCCCACGGAUGAACAUACCCUCCACGCCAUCGAUGCGACGCCUGCUCGACGGCGUGGCGGUGUGGGUGUCUCGCCGAGACAGGGCUUAGUGAUACAACCGAUCACUGGUUGAUUUGUGCAUAGGCAUCAAGUCCAUAGAACACAAGCGCGCCGCCAAAGAGGCGAUCCAGAAGAAAAUCCAGUCCCCAACGGACAGCCUCCGCAAGAGGCCGCAGGAGACGAAAGAUGUCGAGGAGGCCGCGGAGACGCCCGAGGUCUCCGACGAGGCCCAGGCGAAGAUCCUGAAGGAGGUUCGGAUCGCCGCGGGCCGCCUCGGCCGCCUGACGCUGUGGGGCGCGGACAUGUGGAUCAAGGACCAGUACGUGGACAUCUUCUUCCGAUGGGUGUACCUGCCCCUGUAUGCCAUCCUCGCGGCGGUGACCCUCAACGUGGAUGGCUAG